UCUGGAAAUGGCGGAUAUAUCAUAUCGGUGUAUCAGGUUAGAUCUUAGUAGCGUGGCUACUUGCUGCUUUUGCUGUUGUAAAGAUAUGUAAUAAGCAGUCGAUACUAAGAGGAUCGGGGUGUUGAUGCCUCCUCGUUUCUUUUUCUAACAUGCCUUGUAUCGAUUCAGGCAGGUCCGAUGCAGAGUUGAGGGUACAGAAGCGUCGUGUUGCGGGCAACACCAUUCGGGAAGGUAGAAUGACCAGUCGCCUCUACGACCCGUCACUUGACUAUUACACAAUUGACAUCCCGCGAUCGGACCUUGUCGUCUACAACCAGGAAAAGCAAAUCCUCCAGCUUCAGAUGAAGGUCAAUGAGAAGCCUGAGCCAUACCCUGAUGAGAGUACCGUUGUCAUCUAUAUCGACGGGGCCUGUCGUGGUGAGGGAACGCGUGAAGCGGAAGCCACUUACGGCCUCUACGUCGGGCUCGGAUCUGACUACAACAGAAGCGGGCGGCCUUGCACUACGGAUUGGACCUUUGUUCACGAGAUCAAGAAGAAUGACUCCAAGAUUACACGCGUUAUAUAUGCAACGGACUCGAUCUUCCUGGUCAGGGCUCUGACGGAGUGGAUCGAGGAGUGGAUCGCCAAUGACGGCUUCGACUCCGACCGUAAUCAGGUUGAACACUUCGACAAGUUGAGGGACCUUCGCAAUAGGUUCAAUAUCAUGCAGCAGGUCGACGCCGGAGGCUUUGAAAUCCAGCUCUGGCACGUUCCGCCGGAGAAGAAUCAAGAUGCCGAUGCUCUGGCCCACGGGGCUCUGACUACUAGACCUACUCUUCAGAGUACUAGCUAG